AUGGCUCCAUGUUCUUUCCCAGGACAUCAGCCUCUUCGGGAAGCCAAAUCCUCCGCUGUCGUUACCGGCUACACUCGCCCAAUGACCAACGCCAAACGGGUGAGAAAGAAGUUCUACAACGUCCUGCAUGCCUUCCUGGGGACUGUGCUGAAUGUGGACAAGCUGUCCGUCCUCACUGAUUUCAAUGCCCGCGUCGGGACAGACCACGUUGACUCGGGGGCGGAGGGGGAUGGGGAAGAGUUCCUGAUCCUCAUGGACUCGGCGGCUCCAACGAAAACGGCCUCCUCCUCCUCGUCCUCCUCCCCCUCCUCCUCCUCCUCCUCCUCCUCCUGUGUCUUUGCUGACUUCAGAGACCCCGUCGAGACAGACCAGGCUGCCUGA